AUGGAGAAGUUCUCGCAGUUCCGAGAUCGAGGCUCCGGCAUUGCGCCUUUUCUCCCCAUCCCCUCAGAGCCUCUCGGUCUGCAGACCCCACUCCGCGUCUUCCUCUUUUGCUUCAGGUUGCCGCUGUUCAUAUUUGUCACUGUUGCCUACUUCGUCAUCCUACAAUGGCUGCCAAUUGGGUCACUGGGCAAAAAGGCCGCACUGUGGUGCAUCCUCGGCGUGCCGAGUAUAUGGUGGAUUGACCUGCAAGUGGACGGAGUGCGAAAAGGCUCCCUCUCCAAACACCAACAAGCCCGCCUCCCACAACCCGGCUCAGUGAUCGCCUCAUCCUUCACAUCACCCAUUGACGCAGUCUACCUCGCCGCAAUCUUCGACCCAAUCUUCACAGCCUCCUACCCAAACACAAAACAAGUAGAGCGCAUCUCCCUUUUACAAGCCAUCCUCCGCGCCUUCGCACCACCCUCGAUCAGCCCGGCACCCGGCACAACUCUUGUGGACGUCUCAUCCCUGGUCUCAAAACACCCCAACCGGCCCAUCGUGAUUUUCCCCGAAUGCACAACAACCAACAGCCGCGGCAUUCUGCCCCUAAGCCAGUCUCUCCUCGGCGUACCGUCGAAAACCAAGAUCUUCCCCGUCAGCCUGCGCUACACGCCUGUCGACGUCGUGACCCCGCUUCCUGGAAGUUAUGUCAGUUUCAUUUGGACACUUCUAAGCAAACCGACGCACUGUAUUCGUGUUCGUAUUGCGGAAGCGGUGCAGCGUGGGGCGAGUGCGAUCGAUCUUCCGCCUGCGAGAUCGACGCGUAAGUCGACUUUUGAGACUAAUUAUCUUGAUACGCUGGAUCAGGUUGAUGGGGAGGCUAGUGGGGCGGAUGGGGCGUUGUUAGAUCAGGUUGGGGAGGCUUUGGCGAGACUGGGACGGGUCAAGCGUGUGGGUUUGGGGGUUAAGGAGAAGAUUGAUUUUGUGAGGAUGUGGAGUAAGACGAGGAAGAGUUGGUGA